AUGUUUCCCCUCUGCUUGCCUCAUCCCUCCAUCGCCAACAUUGGUCGGUCCUACAAACUCAAUGCAAACACCUCAACCAAGUAUGCCUUCCUGAUGGUCGAUGCGGACUACAACAAAGCCACCCCGACGAAUGCCAUCCUGCACACCCUUUACGCAAAUCUUAUCGCAGAAAGGUUAAAUUCUUCUGAGUCGCAAAAUAUCUCGCUCCUCAGCAGCAGCAAGUCGGUGUGA